AUGGAAAAACCUCAAAUUAUCAUAUCUACAAUAAAAAGAGGAGAUGAGAUUACUUAUCCUAAAAAGGGAAAUCAUUUACGCAUUCAUUUUGAAGUUUUCGUACAAAAUAAAUGGUUUUAAUAGAGAGAGACCUAAUGGAGAGAAGAUUGAAACAACAAAAGAUGGUGAUCGUCCAUUUGAAUUUUAAAUAGGAGUUGAUGAUGUUAUACCUGGCUUAUAAUAAAUACUUUAUAAAAUGACAAUAGGUGAAAAAGUAAAAGCAGAAAUCCCUCCUUAAUUUGCAUAUUAGAGAGAAGGUUUAGCUGGGAUAAUUCCAAGUAAUGAAAAAUUAAUCAUGGAAAUUGAAUUAANCAUUAAGGAUUGUAGUAUAGAGUGCUCCCUUGGCUAGAAUAGCAGUAGAGAGAGUUAAGUAGGUAUUUUGAAUAGUGAUUUAUUAUGAGAUAUCUGUUUCAAUCAAAAUGCUUUAAACCAAAAAUGAAUUAUUGAGAGUGAAUAUGUUCAAAUAAGUUUAAGGUGAUAAAGUAGAAUUGAUAAAACUCACUUAAUCAACAAUGACGUUUCUUAAGUAGGUCAUUUAUGAACUUAGUUAACUUCUAAAAAAAGUGCAAUCUGAAAUUAAUAAUCCAUCAACAUCUAUUGGAGAUUGA